AUGGAUCAAAGUACGCCUAUGAUAGUUGAUUCCAUGAACACGCCGCGUGUUUAUAGUAACGCAUCAAGAUUCCAGGGAGCGCCAGGAUUUACACCUUCAAUUUAUGCUACCCCGCAAGUUUAUUCUUCGGAUAUGCUUAUUAAUGGCUUUCCCAGUAUUAUGAAUUCAUCCAUUACCAAUUUUGGGACAAGAUUACUGGCCACUGAUGGAAUGUACUUUGGUAAUGAUGUAAUCCAAAGGUAUGCUGAAGUGUAUGAAAAUACGCGACCUCAGGAAGAUAUAGGCAAUGCACCUGAAACAUACGAGCAAAUGUGCGAAGAAUAUUCUAAAACAUUCCGCGAGGAAAGCGGUGGAAUAUUCAACUUUAAACCUCGAGAACGUCGACUCUGGGAAGCUGAGCGUAAUACAUGGAAAUUAUUAAAGCUAUUAUCACAAUAUCGAUUCACGCCUAUAAAAAGUAUUGACGGAACAAGGAAUCCAUUUCAAACGGACGGACAGCUUUUAUGUGAGCUUCUCGCGAUCAAUAAAGAUUUUGCCGAGGCUUGGAUUGUACGUAAAUGGUUAUGGAAGAUAGCGCCAGAGUUUAUUACUGUAGAAACGAAUCCUGAAUAUCGUUCUUUCACAAAAAAUUCAAUUCUAUUGGACCUAAAAAAACGUGAUUCAGAAGAAUAUAAAUACCUUGAUCCGGAUGGUCCUCACAGAACUCAAAAAUCUUUACAUCCUUACGAUCAGGAACACGAAAAAGAGCUUGUGAGAUCGAUUUUUGAAUAUUUACGUAGAGGUCAAUUUGACGAUGCAAUUGAUAUUAGCGACAAAAACGGUCAUUACUGGCGAUCUGCUAUUUUGAGCGGAAUUAUAUUAUACGAUGAAAAAGUUGACGACAAUGGAAAUAUGACGACAAUUGGAAACGUUAAUCGCCAAAUAUGGCGCGCGACGUGUUACUAUUGCUCUAAUCAGGAGAAUCUUGAUGUUUAUGAUCGAGCAAUAUAUGGUGUUCUUAGUGGGAAUUAUGAAAGUAUUAUACCUAUUUGUCGAACUUGGGAAGAUUAUAUUUGGGCCUAUUAUAAUAGCCUAAUUGAGUCUCAACAAGAAGAGGUUAAACAUGCUCGACACAUGGGAGUUAAUGACGAUGAUGAUUUACCUAUAAAUAUCAAGGUUAUAACACCAAAAGAAAUAUUUGAUAGGGACUUUGAUCUUGAGAAGUUCCACAUUAUUCAAAAGCUAAUUAUUUUGAACGAUUCAAAAGAAAUGGUUAAACAAUUAAAAGUGGAAAUAAUUGAUAGACGAUUAAGACGUGAAGAUGAAAUUGCAUAUGUCCAUUUCCUUCGCCUUGCGACACAUCUAAUUUUGUAUUUGCGGGAUUUGAUGCUUUCAACCCCUGACAAGGAAUCGAAUGAUAUUAUCAAAUUAUAUACCGAAUUGUUGAUAGAGUGUCAGCAGAAUAAACUUAUUGCGUUGUAUGCAUCAAAAUUACCGAGAGAUAUAUCUAUUGAACUUUAUUCCUCGUUUUUAAAAGAUGUAACGUCAAGUUGUACAGAGAGACAUAAACUUUUCUCUUUGGCAGAACAGUAUGGUCUCAAUGUUGUCGCCAUUACACGAAAAACUUUUGAAUUAAUAUUUAAAGAGAUCGAAAGUCCAGAUAGAUAUGGUCCUGUAUCUGAUAUCAGGAUAAUAACUUUGCAAGAACCUGUCAACGCAGUUGAGGAAAUUCAAAUUCGUGCAUUGGAAUGGUUAACGUUUAGCAAGGAACAACAUCGUGAAGCUCUAAAGUCAGCGAAUGCUUUAUGCAGAAUAUUUCUAGCUUCUGGAAGAAUGAAUGUAGCGGGUAAGAUUAUAAUGGAAAUGAAAUAUUCAAAAUCGCCUUUAUCAGCUAUACGCUAUAAUUAUUGCACCAUGAUCGAAUAUUAUAACAAAUAUGAGACUUGGUGGAAAACAUGGAAAUCGAAACCUGAAAAACAUAGUUCGAAAGAGAUGAAUGAAUGGACCAAAAAUAUUAAAGACAUUACGGAUUCUUUGAAUACUCGUUUUCAUAAAUUUUUAGAUUCGUAUAUUAUUGAUUUCUUAAGAGAUACAAGGGCCAUGGUGACUGAAGAAGAUGAAAUUCGGAUACGUGAAUUGGAACGAGUAAUGGAUAUCUAUAUUCCAAAUGCAGUUCUCCGACAUCAUAAAGUGUUGUAUGAAACUCGUGACAUCAUUCAGGCAAAUUUGGAAGAAAGUUUUAAUUUAGCCAACUUGGUCGUUGAAGAAAAUGCUGAUCUCACUAUACAUUUUCGACGUUCGAAAAAACUGCCAUUGCUAAUAAUGUCAUUGCGUGAUUCUUAUCUCGAAAUACUAAAGAAAAACCCCAAAGAUAUUUCAAACGUUUUACACGUUGAUUAA